AUGAAGCGUCGACAGGGAAAAGGAAAAGUAAAGCAUCGAUCAAAUCAUCGUGAUCUUCCUGAAAAGAUGUCAGAGUUAUCAGUGCAGGAAAAUGAUUCAACCGACUCAAACGAUUCUGAUGAAGUUGAAGAAAAUGGAAAACCCGCCGAUUUUCCGGUUGCAAUGUGGGAUUUAAAUCAUUGUGAUCCAAAAAAGUGCUCAGGUCGAAAGUUACUCAGACACUCUCUUAUUAAGAAUCUCAAGCUUGGUCAAAGAUUUCCUGGACUUGUCUUAUCUCCCGUUGGAGUAAAUUGCGUCAGUCCACAAGAUCGACCAAUUGUUGAAAAGUCUGGCAUCGCAGUAGUUGAUUGCAGUUGGGCAAAGAUUGAUGAAACUCCAUUUAAUCGAAUGAAAUCACCACAUCCUCGACUUCUUCCAUUUCUUAUAGCUGCUAAUCCAAUUAACUAUGGAAAGCCUUGCAAACUUAGUUGCGUUGAAGCAAUCGCUGCUACAUUUAUGAUCACAGGAUUAAAAGACGAAGCAAAAUUCUAUUUAUCAAAAUUCUCAUGGGGACAUUCAUUCCUCGAGUUAAACGAAGAACUUCUUGAAAAAUAUGGAAACUGCACUUCAAGUCAGGACAUUCUUGAUGUUCAGCAAAAAUAUUUAGAAGAUACCGAAAGGGAACGUAAUGAUAAAAAUCGUGAUGACAUGUGGCCAACAUCAUCUUCAUCAAGCGAAAGUGAAUAUGAGAACGACGACGAUCCUCUCACUUCAAAAACAACAAUUAAAACAGCAAUUACUGAAAAAACUUAA